UUUCCUGCCGCCAUUUUUGGUGCCAUCUUCACUGAUAUAGUGAGGUUAGGGUUGUUCCAAAAAUGAGGCUUUUUCAAGCACUUUGUCGGCGUAAAAACUCAGUUCCUGGUAAUGUUUGGAUUGGGAAACACCGUCUGAGCCGGUCUGUGACCAUGCAGGACGUUGCGAAGCUGCGAAAUCAGUUUGAAAUCGAAGAGAAAAAUAUGUUUUAUUUGAGGCACUCGUACUUGACUCCGGAGCAAUCGUAUGGUCACGCAAUUGCGCUCGGAAAGCCACAGGAGAAGUACGUCGCAUUAAUAACCCGGAAAAAGGACUACAAAGACAACAUCACGAUUGAGUCAAUGUUGGGGCACUUGCGGCACAAAGAGGCUUGGGAUUAGCAAGCAUAACAUUUAUUAGACUUCUUAGUUACACAACACUAUAAAACUGUAAAUAAAUCAUUAGAAAAAUAAAAUACUGUGUGGCUUCGAUCACAGCCCCGUUUAA